AUGCUUGUGGAUCUACCUCCUGAAAUUCUCUAUCACAUCGCGAGCUAUCUCCCGACUGCCAGCGCCCUCGCCCAUCUCGCCCAAACUUGCCACCGCUUGCAUACCAUCAUCACCGCAGAUGACUGGCGCAUUUGUCGAGCUUUCAUAAGCCACCGCUUUCCGCACAUUGACACACCUCCUUUCUGGAAAGAUGCAGCCCAGGCUCUGACGUCUCGUUCUCGAGCUUUGGAUAAACAUGCUGUCAUCGGUCGCUUUGUCGGCCCGUCUCGAGAUGCUGCGAAGGUCGGAAGCCAUCAAGCCAUCAGACGAGACAAUCCCACCCAUGGAUAUCGUCCUGCGAUUGACUCGUAUGAAUUCUGGAAUGGCAAGACAUGGGAAGACAGAAAAGAAGUCCUCGCUUGGAGCGCGGCUGAUACGCUGGUAAUGCGCAUCCGGCAGACUGGGAGGGGUCGAAAUGAACAGUGGUUUGUCUUCGACGAUCUGGAUCAUAUCAGUAGCCAUGACGACAUUUGCGGCCUUCAUCUCCUGAGACCGAAUCAUUAUGCAAAAGAGCGGGAUAGAGAGCAUAUUAUUUUUGGUCGCAUGCGGGGCGAGCUUGUUCAUCUUGCAAUUGCGCCAGUCACCUCAGCGUACGAGUACAAGCAACGAUUCCUAACCUUUGGUGUGGAGCUCGAAAGGACCGAUCUCUCUAAUGGACCAGACCCGAUUCUUGCGGCGCAUUUCAGCAACGGGUCUAUUGCUUUCUACAGCACCACGUCGGAGGAUGCAGAGGUCCAGGCAUUUGCACGCCUUCGCAUCGACCCAGACAAGGUGGCACGCAACAAAUUCUCCAAAUUCAUCUCACCGUCACGCUUUGCUGUGGCCACUGGUCGUCUAGAUGACUCGUUGACUGUUUCCACCAUAUCUCAGGAGAGAUUAUCACUGGACCGCGUGAUUGGUGUGGAUUCUUUGGAUCUUGACUCGCAAGUCGGCCUAGCACAGAAGACCAACGUCACUGCCAUCACACCCUUCUCUCCACGAACUUCGCACCCAUCCUCGGGUAAUAUCUUCCUCGCAGCGUGGGGCGAUCGCGCGGUCAGACUUCACGAUCUUCGCUCCGACAGGCCAUAUGAGAAGAUAUACCGAGACAACAGUGACCAUAACCCUAUCUACUGUGUCCACCCCUUGGGAAAUGAUCGAUUCGUGGUGGGAGCCGGUGGAGAUGCAGUUGUCAAGAUCUUCGACCUCCGCAUGCCCAAGAACUACACCUACCUGGACGCCAGGGCAUCUUUAACCUGCCUGUAUAACCAAUCUCCCAACCACCGUUCUGGAAACGGGGUCAGUAACCACGUGAAAAGUGUCAUCGACGGCAUCAGAUAUCCCCGCAAAGACUUAUCCAUCUUCCUAUCCUAUCAACCGCAAGUCCUAAACCGCCGCCGCGCACGAUCUUACGCAAACCGCUCAUACCGCGGGGCAAUCUACACCAUGUCCUCUCCGUCGCCUUUGUCACCCACCCUAUACACUGGGAUCGCCAACGGGGUCGUCCGCUUGGAUUUCGCCUCCACCGACGACUUGACUGGCCCGUGCAAGGCGUGGCAUCAGGAUCGUAUCGACCUCAACCCCAGCACUGCCAACGUCACUACCUCCCCGGUGGACAGGGUUUUGGACCUAUCAGGUUAUGAGCGCCCGGAUCCUCGGGACACAACCACCCCGUUGAAGCUGCGGAAGCAACAGCCCUUCAAAUCUGUUGGCGACGAGGAUAUUGCAAACGAGGAACUGACCGGUUGGGAUCGUAGGUGGGAGCGGCUUGGGGCAGCUGGAGCUUGGAGACGUGGAGGCGUCCCUCUUCGUUAG